CUCGUUAUAAUCGAAUUUGAAUAAAAUUUUAUUUAGUAGUUCGCGCCACUUUCAUGUUUAAUAAUAAAUGAGGAGAAAACUGAGCUAAUUUUCAAAAAGGAUGAAUAUUUGACCACGUGAAAUGAUUCGAUCAUUUGCACCCAGUCAAAGAGGAAAACGGCCUUUACUUUUGGAUAUACCACAGGAUGUUAUAGAAUUAAGCCAGUCUGAAAACUAUGUGCAACAAGAGACAAAAAGAAGGGCUUCCAAGAAUGUCAAAGACAUACAAAUAUCAGAACGCAAAGCUGUUCUUCUUUCUGAUAAUGGCAUCCACACGAUGCAAAAAAUAGUAUCUGAACAUGAAGCGAGAGUGAGGAAACUUCUUAGCAAACCAUUUAAAAUACCAGUACCUGGUUAUGAAUUAUCUGGACGAGUUCUUGGACUACGUCUGUCAGGACCACGUAGGCCACUGCAUGAUCCUGACGACCCUAAUGCAUUAAUUGUUUAUUCUCCACCUGAACUGUCUGAACAUGAAAGAUUAAAAGUUGAUCUAUCCAAGCAACUCGUACAUGUGGUUGUAGACCCUGUAUUGUGCAAUGUGUUAAGGCCGCAUCAGCGUGAAGGUGUGAAAUUUAUGUAUGAAUGUGUAACAGGUAAACGUAUAGAAAAUGCACAUGGUUGUAUCAUGGCAGAUGAAAUGGGACUUGGUAAAACGCUGCAAUGUAUAUCUUUGUUGUGGACGUUGCUCAGACAAGGACCAGAAGCUAAACCGUUAAUAGAAAAAGCAAUUAUUGUUGCACCUAGCUCUUUGGUGAAGAAUUGGUACAAUGAGAUUAACAAGUGGUUAAAUAACAGAGUCAAAAUUCUCACUAUUGAUGGCGGAAAGAAAGCGGAUAUUGACAGGAACCUCAUGGGUUUUAUGAAGACUUACGGCGGCAGAUGUGUAACUCCUAUUCUCAUUAUAAGCUAUGAAACGUUUCGCUUACACGCGCACGUGUUGCAUCAAGAUGAAGUCGGCCUUGUAUUGUGCGACGAGGGUCAUCGCUUAAAAAAUUCGGAAAAUUUAACAUAUCAAUCGUUGAUGGGUUUAAAAGCUAAAAGGAGAGUAUUGCUCAGUGGAACGCCUAUACAAAAUGAUCUUUUGGAGUACUUUUCCCUCGUACACUUUGUUAAUCAAGGAUUACUGGGAACUGCACAGGAAUUCCGGAAAAAGUUUGAGACGCCCAUAUUACGUGGACAGGACGCAGCUGCAACAGACAAAGAGCGUGAGCUUGCCCAAGAACGUUUGUCCGAAUUAGUAUCCGUUGUAAAUAAAUGUAUGAUUAGACGUACCAGUGCUCUACUUUCAAAGUAUCUACCAUUGAAACACGAGCUCGUGGUAUGCAUAAAGAUGGGAGAGCUGCAAACGCGUCUCUACAAGAAUUUCAUACACAGUGAUAGUAUAAAAAAGUCUAUGGAAGAAAGUGAUAAUCCGAAAAAGGGAAACACUUUGUCUGCGCUCGCUGCUAUAACUCUCUUAAAGAAGCUGUGCAAUCAUCCCGACUUAAUAUAUGAUAAAAUCAUGGAGAGGGCAGAAGGCUUUGAGAAAGCUGCACAAUUGUUACCGUCAAAUUACUCGACAAGAGUGUUGCUACCGGAAUUAUCGGGCAAGCUGAUGGUUUUGGAUUGUCUGCUGGCGUCCAUUAAAACUACAACGAACGACAAAAUAGUGUUAGUGUCUAAUUACACUCAGACUCUCGAUUUAUUUGAGAAACUCUGUCAUAAACGUUCCUAUAAUUAUGUGAGACUCGACGGUACGAUGACGAUUAAGAAGAGAGCAAAGGUAGUGGAUAAUUUCAACAGUGACAGCAGUAGCGAUUUCAUCUUCAUGCUCAGUUCGAAAGCUGGCGGAUGCGGCUUGAAUCUUAUCGGUGCGAAUCGUCUCGUCAUGUUCGAUCCUGAUUGGAAUCCUGCAAACGACGACCAAGCGAUGGCCAGAGUUUGGAGAGAUGGCCAGAAGAAGCCGUGCUUCGUCUAUCGUUUCCUUUCUACUGGAACGAUAGAAGAGAAAAUAUUUCAGAGACAAGCUCAUAAGAAAGCAUUGAGUUCCACAGUGGUCGAUCAAGAAGACGAUGUGGCGAGGCAUUUUACCAUAAAUGACCUUCGCGAUUUGUUCAAGUUGGAAGAGAAUACGGUUUCAGAUACGCACGCAAAGUUCAAAUGCAGACGUUGUGUCAACGGCAUCGAGGUAAAAGGUCCAUCGGAGCAAUCCGACUGCAACUCCGACCUGUCCGAAUGGCGACACUCGCAUAAUGCACGGCAUUUGCCGGAUAUACCAUUACGGCAAUGUUGGUCUAGCGGUAUAUCGUUUGUUUUCCAUCAUCGUUCUCAUGAACAAGUAAAAUAAGUGGACAAAUAUAAUAAUUUGAUAGCGCUUUAUUUCUACAUCUUGUACAGUUCAAAAGACAUUGUAAAUAUUCCAGUGAUAUCAAUAACAGUAUUUUAACUGCAAAAAAUUAUAACUUUUUGAGGAAUUGAUUUGUACAAUAAUUUUUUUUGAAAGUCGAAAUGUUAGAAUCGGGAAUUAUAUUCAGAUCAACGUCAAAUUAACAUUAGUAACAAACUUUAGUUUUUUUUUUUAGAAUAAAAUAGCCUUUCAUAUGUAAUUUAGUUCAUAUUUAGCAAGAGACUGUACCAAAGAAUUGUUCAAAAAUGCAAUUAUGAUACUGUUUGUUAGUGCUUUCGACACAAUGUCGCACCUUAUGUUUUGUGAAAAAGUUAUUUAUAUAUUUAUAAAAAAAAAAGAGUUGCGUAUAAAAUAUUUUAAUAAAAUUAUUGAAUUAAUACGACAA